UUUGAUUCAGUUUCGUAUUUGAAAAAUGGGGAGGAGAGGCAAGCAGAGGAAGUUCGAAUUCGAGGACGACGAAGACGAACUUCAGGGUGUGAAACCCGGGGAUUUGAAUUCUGCCAACUCGGUGAGCAGUGAUGAUGAGGCCAAUGAAGAUCUUAGCCUCAAUGUUGUCGAGAAGGCUUUGCAAUUGCGCGCUGGAAUGUUGGUUAUUGAUGCAGGCAAUAAUAAGGAUGGUAACUGUGAACAAGAUGGUAAUGGCGAUAUUGUUGCCAUUGGUGCUAUUGAAUUGUUUUCAUCGUCGUUGGAGGAUGCUGAUGCCGAAGCCGGAACUAGCGGAGCCAGCGGUGAUGGCAUCACCGCUGCUUCUGAGGGGCGCGAACUGGAAAGUGAGAAGACAGUGAAACAGAGGAAGACGAAUGUUAAGAAUCUGGGAACUGAAGAGAGCAAUAUGGUUGUCACAGAAGGAGAGAAGUUCGAAACGACUGGAAUGAUAGAUCAAGGGGUUUCGGUGGAAUCAAACUCUACUGAGACAACUGAUAAUAACGUUUUCAGGAAGCUUCUCCGUGGUCCAAGAUAUUUUGAUCCUCCGGAAAGCUGGGGAACAUGUUAUACUUGUGGCGAGGAAGGUCAUAAUGCAGUGAAUUGCUCAUCAGCUAAACGAAAGAGAUCAUGUUUUGUCUGUAGAAGUGUGGAGCACAAUGCAAGGAGUUGCUCGAAGGCACGGGACUGCUAUAUUUGCAAGAAAGGUGGGCAUCAUGCAAAAGACUGUCCAGAGAAGCACAUGGAUGUUUCUUCAAGCUUAAAAUUAUGUUUAAAAUGUAGAAAUUCUGGUCAUGAUAUGUUUUCUUGUCAGAAUCUUUAUCCAGAUGACGAUCUUAAGAAUAUACAAUGCUACGUUUGCAAGAAAUUUGGUCAUUUAUGUUGCGUGGAUUCCACCAGCGACACUACAAUAGUUUCCUGCUAUAAAUGUGGGCAGACUGGACAUACUGGUCUGUCAUGUUCAAGAUUACGUGGUGCUGUAUCACCCAGCACAUGCUAUAGAUGUCGUGAAGAAGGGCAUUUUGCCCGUGAGUGCACGAGUACCACCAAGGUCGGCAAGAGGAGUCGUCGGUUAUCAAAUCCGAAAUCAAUGUCACAAAUAGAAGAAACUAACCAUAUGGGGUCAAAAUCUGCACCUCAUGAUCUUGCAAAGGCUCAUAAUAAUGAGAAAAAGAUAAACCAUGAAGAUAAAACACUGACUAGCCUAGAAAGUCAGGACAAAGGGUCGCUGGGUAUCAAAUGAUCCAGGUCCUGGUACCUUCUUUAAUGGCACGUUCAUGAGAAAUGACUGGAAUUCUCCUGUUACACCAUCUCGGUGGGGCCACUAUGCAAGCCUUCAGUCAUUCACAGACAGGCAUGCAUUACAUCCAGGGACUCCAAUGUCGUUAUGACCUGUAUGGCUCCUCGGAACGGAUACUCGGCGUCGGCGUCGAGAUUUGGUGGCUUUAGCAAGGAAGGAAGGAGGAAAAACUACGGCUGGUGGUGGUAGAAGGUGUUACUUGAUUUGAAUGAUUGGUAGCUGUUGGAAAACAGUACUGCUCAAAGAUUUGUUCUUUUGGUUAGUGGUUCCAAAGCAGAGUCUGAGGUCAUUGCAAGUUAACUGCUUCAUUUGUGAUCGUACCAAAUUUAACUUUUCGUUUAGUUUACAUGAUUCCCUGUAGCAGGUUUCUUCAUUUGCAGAUUGUAGCAUACGAUUUGAAUGUCAAGAAAAGCUCAUACAUUCUUCUCAAUUUGAGCG